AUGAACCGCCGGCCAAUGAGUUUUGAGCAGAAAUACACGUCGGACUUCGCGCAGGGCGUGCGCGCGCUGGGGCCCCUGGCGGAUUACCUGGUGGUGAACGUGAGCAGUCCCAACACGCCGGGGCUCCGGGACCUGCAGGGCCGGGAGGAACUGCGCCACCUGCUGGCCAAGGUUCUGCAGGAGAGGAACGCGCUGAAGGGUCGGCGGCCAGCAGUGCUGGUGAAGAUCGCCCCCGACCUCAGUCUGCAGGACAAGCGCGACAUCGCUGAUGUCAUCACUGAGCUGGGCGUGGAUGGGCUCAUUGUGUCCAACACCACCGUCUCCAGGUCGGCGGCGCUGACGGACCCGCACCGGGUCGAGACCGGGGGCCUGAGCGGCAGACCACUGCGUGACGUCUCCACCUGCACCGUGCACGAGAUGUACUCUCUGACUGAAGGGAAGGUGCCCAUCGUCGGAGUCGGGGGCGUGUCCAGCGGGCAGGACGCCCUGGAUAAGAUCCGUGCCGGCGCGUCAUUGGUGCAGCUGUACACGUCACUCACCUACGAGGGCCCGCCCAUCGUCACCAGGGUGAAGAGGGAGCUGGAACAGCUGCUGAAGGCGCAGGGGUUCCACAGCGUCUCUGAGGCCGUGGGCGCUGAUCACAGACGGGCCGAGUCCGAAUCCUGACGCGGCCAAUGGCGGCAGCUCCUCCAGCUCACCCUCGCCCUCGCCCGAGAGAGACCGGCCUCACUCCGGCGUCCCGCUCCACUCCACCCGCCGUGCGGGAGGACCUGGCCUUCAUUGGCCGACGGGCAGACGGGCACUUACCUCACCACCACGGGACAGGGAGGUCCCGCCUCCCGACACGGUCCUGUCCGUGUGUGUAACGUGUGUGUGUGAUACACUGUAAUAUGGAGAAAAACGAGAGACACAAAAGUGCUUGAAAGGCAAUAGUAGAUUAAACUAUUGGCCCUGGCAGUAUUUAUUGAAAUGAAAUUGUUGAUAUAAUGUACACCGUCUUAUACAAUGUAAUGCAUAAACUUUACUGUGCUCUUUAA